UUAUUUCGCGAAAAAUACUGCAGUGCUAAAUACAUUUCACCACAUUCAUAUGGCCGGCAGCAGCUCUAAGACCGUUUUUGACGUAUUCCGAUCCAUGGAGUACGCACCCUCCGCUCCUAGCAGCGCGGCUGCUCAGGCCUGGCUGGAUGUUCACUCCCGUUCGCUGGGUUUUUUCAUCAAUGGACAGUUUGUUCGGCCGGCUGGCAGACAGGCCAGUGUUUUGACGGACGCUUCAGGUGGCAGCGUGUGCAGUAUCCUGUGUGCCUCUGACGAUGACGUGUCCCUGAGCGUUUCUGCUGCCAAAGCCGCAUUCCGCGCUUGGUCCGGCCUGACUUGCCCUCAGCGAGCUCGUGUUCUGAGGAGGUGGGCGGCUGCCCUGCAGAGAUAUGCCCAGUGCCUCGCAGAGCUCUGUGAGCUGAGCCAGUCCCCCAGCCCAGCAGCUGCGCUGGUCAGGUUGCUGCAGUAUUACGCCAGCUGGGCCCAGCUGAGAGAUGCUCAGCUUCCUGGCUGGAGUCCUGUGGGUGUGGUGGCAUUGCUGCUGUCUGACGAUGCCUCCGCCUACUCGCUCCUGCUGAAGGCCAUGGCUGCCUUAUCAAUGGGCAACACUGUUAUUUUGAAACCUGGCACCGGAUCGGCUCUUCCCGCUCUCCUGUUGGCCAGCCUUGGUGGAGAGGCGGGACUUCCUGCCGGAGCUAUUAAUGUGGUAAUGGGGCAGACCCUGUCACUGGGGGUCACAGUAGCUCGAUAUCAGCACAUCAGCUGUGUCACAUACAGUGGGAAUGAAAAGGAAGGACGGGCUCUGAGCCGGGAGAUGGCCGGCACUGGUGUCCCUGUCUGGCUUUCCCUUUCCUCCAGCGCUGUCUGUCCCUUCAUCAUUUUUGAUUCUGCAGAUAUAGACAGUGCUGUGGAUGGCGUGAUAGAAGCAGCCUUCAAAAAGAAGAGAGAUUGGCGAUGGGUGCUCUGUGUGCAGGAGUCAGUCUGGGACGUCGUUGCUGCUCGACUGAAGAUUCGAAUGGCAGAGAUGAAGUGUGUUCCCCUUCUGGCUGAAUCUGAUCGAGCCACUGUGGAUAUUGCAGUGCAGGAGGCAGCGCAGCAGGGGGCCACAGUGAUUCAGCCAUGUCCUCCCCCGAGCUCCUCAGCCGCCUACCCCCCUACCGUGCUCUGGGGGGUCGCUCCCUCCUGUCCCUCUGCUGUGUCCCCACCCCCAGGGCCCGUCUUGCCUGCCCUGUGCUUCAGGACCACUGACGAGGGCAUCACUCUUGGGAACCACUCGCCACACGGACAGGCUGGCUGUCUGUGGACAGAGGAUCUGACUCUCGCUUUAGAGGCUGCCAGAGGUCUUUCCAUGGGCUCCGUGUGGCUAAAUUCCCACUCCGUCCUGGAUCCAUCGCUCCCCAUCUCGGGAGCAAAGGAGAGUGGGAACUGUACCGACGGGGGCAGAGAGGGACUGUUCCAGUUCCUGCGCCCCAGUACCUCCUGCUGCCUCCCUCCGUCUUCUCCUCUCCCUAUGGAUUACACCACGUUCGGCUCCACUGUGUCAGGGCCGUCUGCCCCAGCGGAGCACAAAUCCGAUCAAAAGGUCCCUCGCUCCUUCCUCCAGCUUGUCGGGGGUCGACUGUGCAAGUCUGACUCCGGCUGCAAUGUGGCCGUUCGGACAGCAGGUGGAGAAGUGCUGGCUUACUGCCCUGACAGUGGCCGUAAAGAUGUGCGUGAUGCUGUGGAGGCUGCUUUGAAGGUCCAGCCAGGCUGGAUGAAGAAAGGCCCCGCCUCCCGCUCUCAGUCACUCUACCGUCUGUCUGAAUGCUUGAAUUCAAAGAGGCAGGAUAUGACCAAGUCACUCAGUACUCAGACUGGCCUCCCAUUGGAGGAUGCAGAGAAGGAGGUGGAUCUCAGUGUCUCCCGACUCUGUGAUUGUGCGGCUCUCUGUGACAAGGAACGGGGUGGUGUGCAGUCGCUUCUCCAGUCUGGCUCUGCCCUGUCUUUGCCAGAGUCAAUAGGAGUGGUGGGUGUGGUACUCCCUGACUCAAGGCCUCUUCUCUCAUUGGUCUCUUUGCUUGGGGCUGCUGUCGCUGCUGGCAACGCAGUGGUCAUGGUACCAAGCGAAAAGUACCCUCUUCUUGCCUUGGAAUUUAUACAGAUCCUGCAGUUUUCUGACAUUCCAGGGGGUGUGGUCAGUAUUCUGACUGGUCGCCGAGACCAUCUGACCCAGGCCUUGGCCAAUCAUAGUGUAAUACAGGCUAUAUGGUACUGGGGUAAUCAGGAGGGGCGCCAGUACCUUCAGUACACCUGUUCUGGUCCUCUGAAGAGGCUGUGGCUGAAUGGCGAGGACAAGGAGAUGGAGGCAAGCAGCGGAGUUGCGAGAGACUGGACUUCCCCUGACCCCACGCUCCUGGAGGAGGUGUGGGCACGUGCCUCGCGCUGGAAAAGUGUGUGGAUCCCCACGGCAUAGGAGGGUGGCCCCAGCAGGGAGGCAUGUGAUUCAUGUCUUGGGAAGCGCGUCUUUUUCAAGCUGUCAUGUAUUAACAUAGGGUCUCGCUAACCCAUAGAACCAGUUACUAACUUUUGUCUGUGAUGCUCCAGGAUGAAUUAUUGUUGGGGAAAGUCUAGCAUUUCAGGGGGUGCGGUACUCUGUCCUGGGGGGUGCAAGUUGGCUGUCACAUGGAGCCAUGAUGAACAUCAACCGCUGGGCCCUCGUCCUGCCAUGACAUCCUCCUUUGUCACUAUGUCCUGGUCCUCUGGCCAGAGUGCCACAUCUGCCCGGCUCUACUCACUGUGUAAUGGCUAUGGUACGACUUUAAUAAAUUCUCUUUGCCAUU